AUGUCAGACACACCCAUCAUCAUCAUCAUCAUCACCACAAGCAAGGUAGACAACGAAAUACACACAAUCUACACUGCUGGCUUUAUUUUUAAAAUGAUCGCGGCAGAUGGUGGGUAA